GGGUGACGUCACUGCAGGCGGACCCUGCCAGGAGUUCCAAUGGCUGCCAUCAUCCUAACGUCAUGAAUAGGAGGAAAGUGAGGGCAGAAGAAGGCAAUGGAGGAGCUGGUGUCUCAGUGGUGACCCGUCAGAGCGCCCCUGGGACCUCAGGCAGCGGGUAGUUCCCUCAUAUUACAGCCCCACUGUAGGGGGUCAUGUGGGGGGCCUCUACACGUCUCCGGUGACAGACCUAUACGCUGAAAGCAAUAACCGCCAUGGGCAACGUCUGCGCUCUGGCGUCCCCCGGCGGCACCUGGUGGAUGAGGCAGCGGAGGGCCCCUUUACCCAAUCCCGGGAGCUUCGAUGAGCUGCACAAAAACUGCAAAGAGGUUUUCCCGCAGCAGAUGGAGGGGAUGAAGCUCAUCAUCAACAAGAACCUGAGCAGCCACUUCCAGGUCUACCACCAGAUUCACAUGAGCGCCAUCGGCCUCUCCGAAUAUCACUUCAACGCCAAGUACGUCGGGGAGGAGCAGCCCUGCGCCAACGAGGCACUGCCCCUGCUGACCGGGGACCUGGACAACGCGGGGAGCCUCAACGCCCAGGCCGCCUGUCUGCUGGCGGAACGGCUGCGCUCCAAGGCCGUGUUCCAGACUCGUCAUUCCAAAUUCCUGACCUGGCAAGUGGACGUGGAGUACAGAGGGGACGACUGUACGGGGACCCUGACCCUGGGGAACCCCGACAUCAUCAACCAAUCGGUGAUCCUGGUGACGCAUUUCCUGCAGAGUAUCACUCCCCGACUGGUCCUGGGCGGAGAGCUGGUUUAUCAUCAGCGGAUGGGAGAAGAAGGAGCCAUCUUGACUUUAGCAGGAAAAUAUUCUGCCCAGAACUGGGUGGCGACUCUUAAUAUCGGGUACGGCGGAGCCCAUGCCAGCUACUAUCACAGAGCAAACCAACAGAUCCAGGUCGGAGUGGAGUUUGAAGCCAACACCCGUCUGCAGGAGACGUCCUUUGCUUUUGGUUAUCACCUGAACAUCCCCAAGGCAAACAUGGUAUUUAAAGGGUCUGUGGACAGUUCAUGGUGCGUGGGGGGAGUCCUGGAGAAAAAACUGCCCCCUCUCCCAGUCACUUUGGCUCUUGGGGCUUUUAUGAACCACUGGAAGAAUAAAUUUCACUGUGGGUUCAGCAUCAUGGUGGGAUGAUGAGCACCGGAGGACUCUCCCUCCUGCUCUAUAACAUGGGGCACAUGUCCGUGUACAGUCUAAAUUAUUAAUUAUUCUGAGGGGGAAAUGACUUUCUGGGACACAGGACGCUGCUGCCCCUAGUGGUGAGAGAAGACACUGCAUGCCUAGCUCUGGGGUACACGCUCAGGGACUACACUCUGAUGACCCCUACACUGCCCGGGACUCAGGAUACCCAGCGGUCCACGUUUACAAGGUCCAUGGAGCUAUAAAUCUUCUCCUCUUGCUUUCCUGUUAUGUUAUAGAUCUGUGUGGCCUGGUGGAGGCGCUGUUCAUGUUUAUAAAGCCGUUCUUUCCCAUCUCUGA